AUAUGUGUCUUUCAGGCGAUGUUUCUACUGUGACGUAUAAUGUAGUGGACGGAACGCUUCUUCCACAACUGCAGCCACCUCGGUAGCUCGCUAGACAACCAAGUCAGAACAUUCAAGUUCUUUAGACAAUUUCGUGGUUUAUUUGCCACUAUGUUUUACACGUACUUUUGUGGAAACAACUAGAUACCCCGUUUAGUUUCAUAUUGACGUUGUUGUCAGUCGGCUGGUUUAGUUAGCACUAGUUUAGCUAACAUCCCCGACCAUGAGUUUACUAAAAUACUCUCUUCUUGCUGAAGAAGAGGUCUGCUGGACGGGGAAAGAUGCUCCCGUGAAAGAGGAGGAGGAGGAAGAUGAGGCUGUUACAAUACAAAAACAAGUAGAGGGCAAGGCUGUUACGGCGAAAGAAGAGGAAGGCGCGUUCAAAGUGAAAGAGGAGGAAGACGAGGAGGUUACUGUCACAGUGAAAGAAGAGGAUUUUGGAGUGGAGGAGGAAAAUAAGGAGAUUAUUGUCACAUUGGAGGAGGAAGAAGAGAAGACUGGAGAUCUGAUUAACUCCAGAGAGAAACCAGACUCUCACUCUGACAGCGGGAAGAGUCAUUCAGCGAAUCCAGACCCAGAGAUUCCCAAACCAGCGACACGACACAACUGCUCCCAGUGUGGAAAGAGUUUUAAGUGGUUAUGUCAGCUCAAAGAGCAUGAGAGAACACACACAGGAGAAAAGCUCUUCCAAUGCACCCAUUGUGAAAAGAGAUUUAACCAGUCAUCACAUCUGAAAGAGCAUGAGAGAAUACACACAGGAGAGAAGCCUUUCCAAUGCUCACAGUGUGGAAUGAAAUUUACACGGUUAAGGCACCUGAAAGAGCAUGAGAGGAUACACACAGGAGAGAAGCCUUUCCAAUGCUCCCAGUGUGGAAAGGGUUUUACACGGUUAGGGAACCUGAAAGAACACAAAAUAAUACACACAGGAGAGAGGCCUUACCAUUGUUCCCAAUGUGGAAAGAGUUUUACCCGAGUAGGGCACCUAAAAAUACAUGAGCGAGUACAUUCUGGAGUGAAGCCUUACAUCUGUUCCCAGUGUGGAAAGAAUUUUAGGUGGUUAGAGAACCUGAAGCAGCAUGAAAGGACACACACAGGGGAGAAGCCUUACCAUUGCUCUUACUGUGGAAAUGAUUUUACCACAUUCGGGAAUGUAAAAGAGCAUGAGAUGAAACACACAGGAGAAAAACCUUUCCAAUGUCCCAAGUGUGGAAAAGGUUUUACACGUUUAGGAAGCCUGAAAAGACAUGAAGCAAUACACACAGGAGAAAAACCCUACCACUGCUCUCAGUGUGGAAAGAGUUUUCCCCAGUUAGGGUAUCUGAAAAAACAUGAGAAAAUACACACCGGAGAGAAGCCUUACCACUGUCCCCACUGUGGGAAGAGUUUUACCCGGAUAGGGAGCCUUAAAGAGCAUGAGAGGAUACAUACAGGAGAAAAGCCUUUCCAAUGUUUCCAGUGUGGAAUGAGUUUUACCCAUUUAGUGAGCCUGAAAAAUCAUGAAGGAAUACACACAGGAGUGGAGAGGACCUACCACUGCUCUCAGUGUGGAAAGAGUUUUACCCACUUAGGGAACCUGAACAAACAUAAGAGAAUACACUCUGGAGAGAAGCCUUACCCCUGUUCCCAUUGUGGAAAUAAUUUUAGAUGGUUAGGAGACCUGAAGGAGCAUGAGAAGACACACACAGGGGAGAAACCUUACCACUGCUCCUUGUGCGGAAAGGAUUUUGCCAAGUUAGGGAACCUAAAAGAGCAUAAGAAGAAACACACAGGAGAAAAACCCUACCAAUGCUCCCUGUGUGGAAAGACUUUUACCCAGUUAGGGGGCCUGAAAUAUCACGAGGGGACGCACACAGAAAAAAAGACCUACCACUGCUCUCAGUGUCAAAAGACAUUUACCCGAUUAGGGAACCUGAAAAAGCAUGAGAGAAUACACACACUCAGUUGAGGAUAAGACCGUCCACUGCUCCCAGUGUGGAAAGAGUUUAGGUCAGUUAGGGAACCUAAAAGAGCAGGAAAAACACAUACAGCAGAGAAGCCUUACUACUGCUCUAAUUACGGAAAGACAUUUUCCCGGUCAGAGGACUUGAAAUCACAUGACAGAAUAGAAGCUGUGUUCUGAAAUGUGUUUUGUUUAUAUGAAAUCAUAUUGUGCAGCUUUCCCAGGACGGCCGUGCACCAGAAAUACCUGUAGAGACGCACGAGAUUGAACUUCACUUUUUACUGUUAACACUAUUAAACGUUUCCCACUGCUGAAACGGGGAAUUAUUAUUAUUAUUAUAAUUAUUAUUAUAUUACUGUGGGAAUUGUGGUUGAAUCAACCUAAUAAGCCCCCUUUCAAAAAACAAAUGAACUAUGCAAGACUGUCUGUGAUUUUAUUUUUUAGGUAGAGUGCAUCGGAGGAGGAUUCUAUUGCACUGAAAAGUCAGGUGGGGCAGUGAGUGGAUGUGCUUGUUUUGAAAUCAAACCAUGUAGCCGUGUGUACACAGUUGUUAGCCCAGUUGUAGCUCAUUUCUGGUCAGCAAUGGUGAGUGAUGGCUUCCUACGGGUACAUACACAGGAGGAGAAGACAUACCACUGCUCUCAGUGUGGAAAGACAUGUUCCCAGUCAGAGGACCUGAAAUCACAUGAGAGAAUAGAGAGGCUGUGUUCUGACUUGUGUUUUUUAUUUUUUAUUUGAAUAAACUUGCAAAAAUUUAU